AUGCUCCGCACAAUUCGACAGUUAUCCCGACGCCGCAAUCCUCCUUCUGUUUCCGAUGAGACCACAUCACGAAUUCUUUCAGACCAACUUUUACUUCGAAGUGAACAGACAUGUCACAAUAACACCUCUUGUUUGCUUUGCCCCCGCCCCCUUCCCCUCAAUUUGCUGAUCCGACUCAGACCUAUCCCAAUCUUCUUCAUGGGCCUGUUAUAUUUCUGCUUGACUGAUUUUACUCGAUUCCAAUGCAAGUAUAUGUUUUACUUUAGGCCUUUAGAGGUGCAUACACCGUCGCCUCAUAUGCCAGAGCGUCUAGGCUCUGAUUCCCAUGCUUGCAGAUGUCAAGCCUUGACUCCACGACUCAUUUCCUUUAUUAAACCCAUGUACACUGAGCAAAUUGUGAACGCCUAUCUCUGCUCGCCUGCUGCACAUGAAGAGGAAUUCUAA